AUGACACAAACACUCUUGGAGACACCACUCCAUCCUGGGCGCAGCGAACGAGGCUCAGAGAGUGAUAGCUCGCUUGACGAGAUCGCGCAAGAGAAGCAGAACGCACUAUUGGCAACACUCGGUCAUCGUGGAAAGGACCUUGACAAUUCGGCAUCCCCGAAGCGAUGGAAGAGUUUCUGGUCGGCAUUCCGACAUUUGGCACACUUGACCCCGAAACAAGUUGACGAUUUCAUGGCGUCAUACGUCAUCUAUAACCUUGACUGGUCCGACGAAAAACAAAUGACCGAGUGUCUGGGACCCAACUACAAAGAAAAAGUCGGCGAUUGUUUGAGGUCCUAUUACGGAGUCCUAAACCACCUGUGCGCACUGGGCGAUGUCGAAAAAAUGUACAUCCCACCAUGGAUGAGCCCCAAGUCCAGCGUGCUAGAGAACCAGAUCCUCUACGAGCGCUCAAUCGCACGGGAUAUUGGCCUGGGGGCGGGGAAGAAGGUGCUGGAUCUAGGCUGCGGUCGCGGCCGCGUUGCCGCCCACAUGGCGCAAUACACCGGCGCCCACGUUACGGGCCUCAAUAUCGACCCGAACCAGGUUGAGCAGGCGACAAGCUUCAACCGGGAGCGCGGGCUUCAGAAUAACUUUGUCACGCAAGAUUUCAACGACCUUCCCUUACCCUUCGCCGACGAGAGCUUCGACGCAUUCUACCAAAUCCAAGCACUGAGUUUGUGCAAGGAUCUACCCGCCUUGUUCCGCGAGAUCUUCCGUGUUGUCAGGCCAGGUUCGAAGAUCUCCCUGUUAGAUUGGAUUAGCCUGCCGGAUUACGACGCUAGUAAUCCGGAACACGCGGAACUCAUGCGCCGCGUCAAGCCGCUCAUCGGUGCUGUCGGUACUCCUACGCAGGAGAGUCUCGAGUCGGCGUUGAAAGAGGCUGGGUUUGAGAUUGUCCGGUCGGAGAACGCUAGUAUCGAUGGUCUUCAGGCCCCGCUUAUCGAUACCGUCGAUGUAUACUUCCGCACUUUACGCCAGGCGAUCCUUGCACUCGUCAAGGUGCAUGUGCUGCCACGACACUUCAAGACCUUGAUUAACCGUCUUUGUUUGGAUGGUCAGGCUUUUGUUAAGAUGGAUCGUAUGCGCCUUGCUACGACGAGUUACAGUAUCAUUGCGCAGAAGCCCAAGGCUUAG